AUGUCAGCUAAUUUGGAUAAAUCAUUAGAUGAAAUUAUCGGUUCUGGUAAGAAGCAAGCCAGAGGCCGUAUCAACAAGCGUUCUGGCGGUCCAAAGAAAGCUCCAAAGCAAAUUCGUCGUCCAGCGGGUGUUGGUAAGAAAGUUAGAGCACCCGCAGAUGGUGCAUCUGUAGCUAGGAUGGCCAAGCUCUUAGAUACUUCUAGAGAGGCAAAAGUUAAUGUUGAAGGAUUACCAAGAGACAUUAAGCAAGAUGCCGUUAAAGAAUUUUUCUCAUCUCAAGUUGGUGGUGUCUCUAGAGUUUUGUUGAGUUACAACGAAAGAGGCCAAUCAACCGGUAUGGCCAAUAUCACUUUUAGAAAUGGUGAGAUGGCAAAGAAAGCUGUUGCCAAGUUCAAUGGUGCCCCAAUCGAUGGUGGUAGAUCGAGAUUAAGAUUAAAUUUAAUUAUUGAUCCAAACCAACAGCCUUCCAAGAGUCUUUCUGAAAGAAUCAAAGCUGUCCCUGUAACAAACAAAAACAGACCUUCAGCAGCAGCAGCUGCUGCCAAGAAAGGACCAAACAAGAGGGCAGCAAUUUUGAAGAAGGCUAGAGCUAAGCAACAGCCAAAGGAAAGACAGCCAAAGAAGAGUUUAGAGGAUCUAGACAAGGAGAUGACUGAUUACUUUGAAGAAAAACAGUGA